CCGAGUUUCGGCGGGGGCUGCCGGGAUCUGAGCGCCGCCGGGAGCGGAGCGCCGCAUUCUCGCUCGCCUCGGCGGCGCUGCUCCGCGCGGCCGGGCUCACCUCCGCGGGGCAUGUCCGCGCUGCUCUCGCCGCGCGCCUGCGACUGCUAGCUUCUCGGGCGCUUCCUGCGCGCGGGGCCCCGCACCUGGCCCCGAAGCCCGGCUCUCGCUGUGCUCGCGGACCGCCGCCGUCAUGGGGCUGCAGCCCCUGGAGUUCAGCGACUGCUACCUCGAUAGCCCGUGGUUCCGGGAGAGGAUCCGCGCCCACGAAGCGGAGCUGGAGAGGACCAACAAGUUCAUCAAAGAGCUCAUCAAGGACGGCAAGAACCUCAUCGCGGCGACCAAAAGUCUUUCGGCAGCCCAGCGGAAGUUUGCUCAUUCACUCAGAGACUUCAAAUUUGAGUUUAUCGGCGAUGCAGAGACUGAUGAUGAACGCUGCAUAGAUGCUUCGUUACGUGAAUUUUCUAAUUUUUUGAAGAAUCUGGAAGAACAGAGAGAAAUUAUGGCAUUAAGUGUCACCGAAACCCUGAUUAAACCCUUGGAAAAAUUCAGAAAAGAGCAACUUGGAGCCGUCAAGGAAGAAAAAAAGAAGUUUGACAAAGAGACAGAAAAGAACUAUAGCGUAAUUGAUAAACAUUUGAAUUUAUCAGCAAAAAAGAAAGACUCACAUUUACAAGAGGCGGAUAUCCAAGUGGAACAGAACCGGCAACACUUUUACGAACUGUCUCUUGAAUACGUGUGUAAGCUUCAGGAAAUCCAAGAAAGGAAGAAGUUUGAGUUCGUGGAACCCAUGCUGUCAUUUUUUCAGGGAAUGUUUACUUUCUAUCAUCAAGGCCAUGAACUUGCCAAAGACUUCAAUCACUACAAAAUGGAAUUACAGAUCAACAUUCAGAAUACACGGAAUCGUUUUGAAGGAACAAGGUCAGAAGUGGAAGAGCUUAUGAACAAGAUUAGACAGAAUCCCAAGGACCACAAACGAGCAAGUCAGUUCACAGCGGAAGGCUACCUGUAUGUACAGGAAAAAAGGCCUCCUCCGUUUGGUUCCAGCUGGGUCAAACACUACUGCAUGUAUCGGAAAGCGGCCAAGAAGUUCAACAUCAUUCCAUUCGAGCACAGAUCUGGGGGGAAACUAGGGGAUGGAGAGGUGUUCUUUUUGAAAGAAUGUACCAGAAGACAUACUGACUCCAUCGACAGAAGGUUUUGUUUUGAUGUAGAAGCUGCUGACCGGCCUGGAGUUUCUUUGACCAUGCAGGCGUUUUCGGAAGAGGAGAGGAAGCAGUGGUUGGAAGCUCUGGGUGGAAAAGAAGCUCUGUUUCCUAGUUUUAAUAGAGCCAUCAUCCCAAGACCAGAAGGAAGUGCACAGUUGGAUAAGAUGGGAUUCACAAUUCUUAGAAAAUGCAUCAGUGCAGUUGAAACACGAGGUAUAAACGACCAAGGAUUGUACAGAGUUGUGGGGGUGAGUUCAAAGGUCCAGAGACUUCUGAGUAUGUUGAUGGAUGUGAAAACCUGCAAUGAGGUGGACCUGGAGAAUUCUAUAGAUUGGGAAGUGAAGACAAUAACGAGUGCCCUGAAACAGUAUUUGAGGAGUCUUCCAGAGCCGCUGAUGACCUAUGAAUUACACGGAGACUUCAUUGUUCCAGCCAAAAGCGGCAGCCCAGAAUCUCGUGUUAACGCUAUCCAUUUCUUGGUACACAAACUGCCGGAGAAAAAUAAAGAAAUGUUGGAUAUUUUGGUGAAACACUUAACUAAUGUUUCAAAUCACUCCAAGCAGAACCUCAUGACCGUGGCAAAUUUAGGAGUGGUGUUUGGACCAACUCUGAUGAGACCACAGGAGGAAACUGUUGCUGCCAUCAUGGAUUUGAAGUUUCAGAAUAUUGUCGUGGAAAUUUUAAUUGAAAAUCAUGAAAAGAUUUUUAGGACCCUGCCUGAUGCCACACUGCCUGAGCCAGUCACCCUGUCAGCAUCACCCCCAAAUGCUCCACCAAGGCAAUCGAAGAGACAGGGCCAGAGGACUAAGAGACCCGUGGCUGUAUAUAAUCUUUGUCUUGAACUGGAAGAUGGUGACCGUCCCAAUCUUCCUAAGGAGGACACUCCUCCCAGCAGCCUGGACUCAUUUUCCUCCCCAUCUCCCACGGCUGCCGCUGCCCAUGGGCCCCCUGGACCAGACAAAAACCACCUCCUUGCAGAUGGGGGUACCUUUGGGGACUGGGCAUCCACUGCCCCAAGCCAGGCCCGAUCAUCCACGGUCCAGUGGCUUAACCCUCAGGCACCAACCACACCGAGCUGCAACACAGAGGUUACACCUCCUUCACCCAAGCUGGCGUCUUUCCCCCUCUUUCUUCCUGCCACCGUAGCGGACAAGGCACCUGAAAGCGUCAUCAAUCGGAAGGCCCGGGCAGUGUACCCGUGUGAAGCAGAACACAGCUCGGAAUUGUCUUUUGAAAUAGGAGCGAUUUUUGAGGAUGUGCAAACCUCAAGAGAACCUGGCUGGCUGGAAGGGACUUUGAAUGGCAAGAGGGGCCUGAUUCCACAGAAUUACGUCAAGCUGCUGUAGCCACUGGCCCGUGAGGGCCCCGCUGCAGACCCUGGCCCCCGAGGACCUGCCUGUGGGGUGUGAGCACCGUCUUCCCCCCGGGUGAACCCACGGCCACCUGGACACACGGCAAUGACAGAUCACAGACUGGCACUCCGGGGUGGGGGGGGUGGAA